UUACGCCCAAAGUAUCGGCACGUUCAGUGAUAAUUCUCACUUAAACGUAUCGCCACGUAUACCGUCACUCGCUCUAUUUAAUUAUUCGUCAUAGCGUGACAGCGCGACAGCGUGUUUCGAUCAAGGAACAAUAAUGCCUGGAUAUAGAUGGGCCAGAUGGCCGGUACCUUACGGCGACCGUCACAUGUUGAUCUCCAUCGGCAGGGACCUGGACGGCAUGAAUCUCGUCGUAGGUCGUGCCGGGCACAUGGGCGAAAUGAUGCCGGCGAAAGUGAAACCGGAUCACAGUGUCGCCUACGUGUCUUACGCAGGUAGCGAGUAUACGAAGCACGAGUUCGAGGUAUUGAUGCCCGCCCAUUUCAACUGGAUCCGAUCGGGUCACGGUCACGUACCGGAACACGCGGUGGAGGCCGGGAUGACCACGACCGGGGAAGUGCUCUACGUCGGCCGUACUUUUCACAACGGCGUAGUCACCGUAGGAAAGGUCCAUAGAAGUCACGGUGUUAUGUACAUACCGUUCGACGGGAAGGAAAUCCCAUACAGGGAGUACGAAGUCCUGGUGCAAUGUUAAACCUUAUCUACGAGCGCCGUUGCGUUAACAUCGUCGCAAAAUAUUUUUAUCUGAAACUGCCGGGAUUGACAAGUAACGGAUGGCUUAUCGUUGCGGGAAAGAGUAUUUUUACGCAAAUGUGUUUGUUGUAGGAUUAAACACAUUUUACGUGUUAACAGGAGACAAAUACGUACGAUUGGAACAUCUUGUCUAACGCUGUGUUAUUUUGUUUUAUAUUUAUUUGUAUAUACUUUUGUGAAAUAAAACAUUAACGCACAGUGUACCGCAAAUUGCAAAUAA